AUGGCUUUAGUGGACAGCGAAGCCGCUUUUGCACAGAGGUGCAAAGAAGUGGACGCCGAGGGCUUGCGUGGGCAGCUGGAGAAGCCGACUUCGGCCGAGUUCGAGGCUUUUACUGGCCGUGUUCUUGGUGCUGCACCGCGCCUUGGGGACGUCAGUUUAUUGAAACGCUUAAUGUUCGAAGCUGCUACGCUUGUAAUCGCUCAACUCAAACAAGCAGUGCAAGCGGAGUCAACCGAAGCUCCACGGCGUCUCCCUGCUGCGGAGAAGGCGGCUCGCGAGGUGGAGCAGCGGAAUCGCCUUGCCGGCGUCAAUAUCGAGCGAGAACUCGUACCGUCACAUGCCCUCAUAGACUUGUGUAAUCACAUGGUGGAUCUCAAUUCCAUCACGUGGAUAUCUCCAAGCAAAUGCACCAGCCGGGAAUCGGAGAUCCAGCUUUCCACACGUGAUCAGUCUAAGGUUUUCAAGUUGGAGGAUCAUACGCUUAAGGUUUCUUCCGAGGCGCACAAGGAUGAGGCCGAUUACUCCUCGCCUCUGAAGUUGCAAUGGUGCCUUCAGCGCCGCGGCCUCGCGUUGGAUCAGUGCAAACUCAUGUCUUGGUCUGCGCAUGAGAAAUGGGUGCGCACUCUUUUGCAGUCAAUGACCCGUGAUUGCCCGGCUGAUUUCACUCGUCCUAAUCUGGCCCAGAUUGUGCAGGCUGAUCGUGAGGCCUUUCUCAUCAUGGCUGCUGAGGUGCGUGAUCUGCGGCCCAAUGUGGACGGGUCAUUCCCAAUGUCUGUCGCAUUGGAGGCCUUGCGGACUGACCCUCGAAUUACCAUGUUCUUGAUGGCUAUGCCGUUCAAACGGUCUGUGGCUGUGGAUGCUGACCGGCCCCCGACUCCACCGGGUGCUGCUGCUGCUGCAAAAACACGGUCUGCCAAGCGUCGUGAACGGGAAAAGCGUCGUCGUGAGGCGGAGGCGGCUAAGCGGGCGGGUACCGAACCGCCCCGACGUGCUGACCCGCCUAACAAAGGUGCCCGCUUGACCCCUCCCGCCGAGCUGGCGUCGUGUCAUCAGAAGAGCGCUGACGGCAAGCCCAUUUGCUGGUCGCACAACUUGAAGGCACUGGAUGGUGUCCGGCCAUAUGCCAACAUCCUCUUUUUUCCUCCUGUGCCCGACGCUGCUGACCGCUUCCCGUGUGAAACGGAGGCCGAGUCACUGGCUGUCACUUGUCUUUUGGAUGGGCGCAUCAAUUAUGAGCAGUUGCGUCUCUUGAUGGAGCCGCUUCCGGGGGAGAAGCCUGCGCGUGCUUCGGGUCAACCUGUGCCCGUGGGCGAACCUGCCAAAUCUUUUACUACCGGGGCGUAUGUGUAUAGUGAUGUUUGUGGCCUGCGGGCCAACGCCCGCUGCUUUCCAGCUACUUCCAUGCUGCUUGCAUCCAUUGUUUCUGCAAUUUUCCCUGAUGCAUCUUUCAGUGCCAUCGCGCUUUUUCGGAACAUCUCUACGCCGUUGCAUUCUGACGAGAAUAACGAACUUGGAUGUGACAACCUGUUGAUCCCCUGUUCUCAUUUUGAGAAUGGUCAGGUCUGGAUUGAGGGUCCCGGCUCGGUGCCUUGCCCUCUCGACUCGACUCUUACUGGUUCGUUGCUUGAGACGUCCGGUGGGCCCACUCAGUUCAAUGCACGACUCCGGCACGCCACUUGUGGCUGGACUGGGCUGCGACUGAUGCUUGUGGCCUUCCAAGUGCGUAACAUUAGUACACUUCCCGCUGAUGCCAGGGACACGCUGUGCCGUUUGGCCUUUCGGCCAUGCCGCGUUGCGCCCAAGCAUCUUUCGGCGUGCGCUGGCCCGGAGUCGACUUUUGACUCGUGUGUUGGUCAGCCGUCAACCGAUAUCAUGAUGUGCACAGACUCCUCUUCGUCACCAGGUUCUGUCGACCCUGCGUCAUCUGCUGACCAGUGCGUUGAUGUGGCUGUGCUGGCGUCUUCCAAAGACGAUUGCAUGCAAGAUGUCUUUCCUGUUCGCAGGUCACCCUUGGUCAUCGAGGUCUUCGCUGGCACUGCUGUACUAAGUUCCGCUUGCAUGCACUUUGGGUUUCGCACUUUAGCGGUUGAUCGUGCUUCCAAGCAGUCGCGCUUUCCUAUUCAGACCAUGGAUUUGACUCAGGAGCACGACCUCAACAUGCUCCUGGACAUCAUCCGUCAGGAACGUGCAGAGAUUGCUCUUGUGCAUCUCGCACCGCCGUGCGGAACUGCUUCCGCUGCCCGGUCGAUUCAAUACCCGAUGGGCUUGCCCACUCUCGAAGGCCAGGAUUUGCUGCGUGUGACGGCGGCAAACACUUUGUAUGCUGCCGUCGGUCGCAUCGUUGGCGUCGCAACCUCCUGUGACAUUCGAGUUACGGUGGAGAACCCGGCCAACUCGUUGGCCUGGCUUUGUGACGGAAUGAAUGAGCUUCUGUAUUACCCAGGUGCAUCCGAGGUGCUGUUUGAUCACUGCAUGCACGGUGGCACUCGUGACAAGUGCACGCGGUGGUGGUGCAAUGAUCAUUUCUUUGAUUCCUUGGCACUUCGGUGCUCCAAGGAUCACCCGCAUGCUUCGUGGAAGCCACGAUUCAAUGCUUCGGGGGUCGACUUCCCUACGCACCACGAGGCUGCCUACCCCUCCCUGCUCUGUGAACGCAUUGCUUCGUUGUUGGCCGACGCUCACCCACAUGUGACUGCUCUGCGUCCUCGGCCGGCGACACAGGUGUUCCUGGACAAGCAGCCUCGCUAUGCUCGACCUUUGGUAUCUAACUAUGCGGGUUAUGAUACUUGGGCUGUCCCGUUGUCCCGUGACGCCUGGGCUGACCGUAUCCUUCACUUGUAUCCCAAGGGCUCGAAGGUGCUACGACGCAAACUUGUUCCAUGGGGCAGAGUGCGGGUUUGCGCCAAGUCAGUUUGUCCAUUAUUGGAUAGACAGGCGACUGCAUCCUGGGAUGUCACAGUCAAGUUUGCAGAACCUGAUCGGCACGACGGCAUGGAGUUCGACCCGGCGUGUGAGGAGGUUGCCACUCACAAGGUGGUAGCCCUGGUUCUUCCGAAUGAGUGCGGGCCUACAGAUGACAUGGCGGAGCUCCUUUGCUUCGGCGUUCCAAGGGAGCCUGAUGACUUUAUCCGGCACGCUGUCAUGGCCGGGCACCCAAGAAACCUUUUGCAGGAUGCCGUGGAUGGGCCGGCCAGGUCUGUGGCUCAGUGUGUCUUGCUUGGUAAGCACGAGCGGGAGCGGCUAGUUGACAAGACGGUGACUGCGUGGAAGGUGAUCAAAGAGGAGCGUGCCUCGGACAACGAGAGUCUCCUUUCCCAGGGACCCGAUCAUAUAAGGAAGGUGCUUGCCAAUAAGAAUGUGCUUUUUUGGCGGGACAUCCUGAACUCGCUUGAUUUUGCGGAUGUGGACCUGUGGAAGGACCUGAAGCAAGGCUUUCGCUUGACGGGGUGGAUGCCGGCAUCAGGAGUUUUUCCAAAACGGUUGAGACCGCCUGCCUUGACAAAGGAUGAGCUCCUGUCUCAAUCAGUUUAUCGGACCCCUCUCACGGUGAGCUCGAUUGCCAAGGGUGCCAAUGAUGAUGUGGCAAAGGCUACUUGGUCGGAGACCAAGGCGGAGAUCGAGAAGGGGUGGAUUUUUCUUGAUGCUUCGUACGAUCCUCUCCGCAUUAUCCUGUCAAGGAGAUUUGGGCUGCAACAGCGAGACAAGACUGGCGUGAUAGAUGACGGCAAGGCGAGUGGUCUUAAUCUCCUUUGUGGCUUGAUUGAGCAUUUCACUCUCCAUGGCGUCGACGUCAUCGCUGCGACGCUGAUCUGUCUGCUGAAGCUUGCGCGAGAACGCAAGGGACGUCUCUUGGGCAAAACCUAUGACUUGGGGGACAGGAAGGUUCUUCGCACCGGGGUUAUGAAUACGGACACUGGCGAUGUGGCUGUCUUCGGCUCCAAUGUUUUAAGCUUCGGCGCUACCGGGAGUGUAGCCGGAUUCCUUCGGAUUUCUGCAGCGCUGUGGCAUGCAGGCGUGCAGGGCUUGGCCAUCCCUUGGCUAGCCUACUAUGACGACUUUCCAGUUUUUGCUUUCGAGGAUGAGGCAGAUUGUGUGGAACGAGCUGCUGAUGCCUUGUUCGACUUGAUGGGCGUGGAGUACGCCAAGGAAGGAAAGAAGGCGACGAAUUUCGGUACUUCAGUGUCGGCUCUUGGGUUGGUUUUCGACUUAGCUGAGUUCUCCAACGGUCGUGUGACGAUCCGUCACACGGAACGAAGGGCUCAGCGGGAAACUCUGAGGCAUCAUCUGGAUCACGAGACUUUGUCGCCCAAGGAGGCUGAGGUGCUGCGUGGCCGUUUGCAUUGGUACAGCUCGUAUCUUUUUGGGCGAGGACCAGCUGUUGCUAUGAAGACGUUGUCUCGCUGUGCUCAGGGGCGAGAAGGUUCUAACUUUGUGAACGACGAGCUUCGUGGCGCAUUGAGCAAGCUUCUUGACCAUGUCGAGAACGCACCACCUCUCCGCAUCAACGUGGCCUCGGGGAGGACUUUCUUCCUCUUCACGGAUGGAUCUUAUGAGCCCUCGGGGGAAGUGGUGGCAGGCAUCGGUGGGAUUCUCUACGACGAUGCAGGCAUGCCUGUAUCUUUCUUCAGUGGAUCAGUGCACCCGUCUGACCUGGAAGUUAUGCUUGAGACGUCGUCACAUCCCAUUUAUGAGAUUGAGCUUUAUGCUGUGUUGGCAGCUUUCCGAUGCUGGGGAACCUUGCUCAAGGACUCCUUCACUGUGGCCUACAUCGACAAUUCGGCCGCCCAGGCCGCCCUGGUUGCAGGCUCGUCAGGCACCGACCUCGGUUCGAGGAUUGUCGAGUUGAUUGGU